AUGGCCAAGCGCAACUUUUCCAGCCUGGAGAUCUUCUUAAUUGUUCUUCUGUUGCUGAUGACGGCUGUCACAGUGGGCCUUCUCAGUCUCCUCUUCAUCACCAGUGGGAUCUCAGACGACAAUAAAGGCCCUGAUUCUCUUGGCACCCAGGAGCCUUCUGUCUCCCAAGGUCCUCCAGUCACUGAUGGUCCUUCAACAACAACCACUCUCUUCCAGAACUUCACUGGCUACCAUAUUGGUGUUGGGCGAGCUGACUGCACGGGACAAGUGGCGGACAUACCCUUGAUGGGCUAUGCCAAGUCGGGCCAGACAGCUAGCGGGAUUCUCACCCGGCUCUACAGCAGGGCUUUUGUCUUGGCUGAACCAGACCUCUCAAAGCGAGUGGUGUUUGUCAGCAUUGACAUUGGCAUGGUGUCCCAGAGGAUCAGGCUCGAGGUGCUAAAGAGACUGCAGAGCAAAUAUGGCAGCCUGUACACCCAGGAGAACGUGGUUCUGAGUGGCACUCACACGCACUCGGGGCCUGCAGGCUAUUUCCAGUACACCAUCUUUGUGCUAUCCAGUGGAGGAUUUAGCAAAAGGACUUUUGAGUUCAUUGUAGAAGGCAUCAUGAAGAGCAUUGACCAGGCCCAUCAAAACAUGAAACCAGGCAAGAUUUUUAUCAACAGGGGCAACGUGGAAGGUGCCCAGAUCAACCGGAGUCCUUAUUCUUACCUGCAGAAUCCACAAUCUGAGAGAGACAGGUAUUCUGGCAACACGGAUAAGGAAAUGCUGCUCCUGAAGAUGGUGGAUAUCAAUGGAGAAGAUCUGGGAUUGCUCAGCUGGUUUGCCAUCCAUCCAGUAAGCAUGAACAACACCAACCACUUGGUCAAUAGUGACAAUGUUGGCUAUGCCUCUUACAUGUUUGAACAAGAAAAGAACAAAGGAUACUUGCCAGGACAGGGACCAUUUGUGGCUGCUUUCGCCUCAUCGAAUCUUGGGGACGUGUCAUCCAAUACCCUUGGUCCUCACUGCAUCAACACUGGGGAGUCAUGUGAUAACUUCAACAGCUCUUGUCCAAUUGGUGGGUCCAAAAUGUGCAUGGCCACAGGCCCCGGGAAGGACAUGUUUGACAGCACCCGGAUCAUAGGAGACACCAUUUAUCAGAAAGCCAAGGAACUGUAUGCCGCGGCCUCCCAGGAGAUCACAGGCCCUUUGUCUGCGGCUCACCAGUGGGUCAACAUGACGGACGUCACCGUUCAGCUCAAUUCCACACACACGGCAAAGACGUGUAAACCUGCCCUUGGCUACAGCUUUGCAGCCGGCACCAUAGAUGGCGUUGGCAUCCUCAACUUUACACAAGGUGCAACUGAAGGAGACCCUUUUUGGGACACGAUUCGUGACCAGAUCCUGGGAGAGCCGUCCAAUGAGACGAAGGACUGUCAUAAACCAAAGCCCAUUCUCCUCAGUACGGGCCAGAUGUCGAAACCUCACCUCUGGCACCCUGAGAUUGUUGAUGUUCAAAUCCUAACUAUUGGAUCCUUGGCGAUAGCAGCCCUGCCUGGAGAGUUGACGACAAUGUCUGGAAGGCGGUUUCGGGAGGCUGUUCAAAAGGAAUUUGAGAUGAACGGGAGGCAGAACAUGAGUGUGGUUAUUGCAGGACUUUGCAAUGUUUAUACUCAUUACAUCACAACCUACGAAGAGUACCAGGUUCAGCGAUACGAGGCAGCAUCCACGAUUUACGGUCCUCACACCCUCUCGGCCUACAUCCAGCUCUUCAGAGAUCUCGCAAGGGCCAUUGCCACGGACACGGUGGCUAAUUUAAGCCAGGGGCCGGAGCCACCCUUUUUUGAUGGACUGAUGACACCUUUGACUCCCAACACGCCUGAUAGAGCCCCAGCAAACAUGGCAUUUGGGGAUGUGCUCCAGCCACCCAAAGCAGAGUACCGGGGGGGUGAAGUGGCUGCGGUCCUGUUCGUUGGUGCUAACCCGAAGUAUUCAGCAGAAAACGUGACAGAUCACAACUUCCUGGCAGUUGAGAAGUACGAGAGCACUUCAGCACUGUGGCAGGCGGUCCUGAAUGACGCCUCGUGGGACACCAGGCUUUACUGGCACAAAGGGUCCUCGGGUCGGAGCAAUGUGACGAUUGAGUGGCACAUCGCAGGCACCACCCCACCAGGCCUCUACAGGAUCCGCUACUUUGGGCACAACAGGAAGCAGAAUUUCCUGCAGCCAGCCCAGAUCCUGGCCUUCGAGGGCACCUCGGACCCUUUCCAAGUGGUGGCUCCGUAGCGGGGGCCCAGGGCUGGCCACAGGAGGCGUCCCCUCCAGGGUCCCACGUUCUGCGAUGGGGAGAGGAGGGGGUCGCCCAGCACGCUGACACCCGACACCCGCCCUGCCCCAGGGGACGCUUUAGUGCCGAAGGGUGGCGUGUGCGCUGCCCCGGGGUGCUGGGGACCGUGCAAAGAGGAGGCUUUGGAAGCGAUGGGAUGCUCUGGGAGGAAGCCAUCGAGUGACUCCAUCCCUGAUCUGCUGCUGAGGCCACUGGGAGAGGCAGGCGCUGCGGAGCGAGCCCUCUGCAGCCUGGAGAAGAAGGACUGAAGACCUGUAAAUAUGA